GUUCUGAUGGAGCUGAAACCAUUUGUUGUCCUUGCUGAAAAGCUUGGCAGACUUGCUGUCCAGUUAGUAGCAGGUGGAAGUGGUGUGAAAUCCAUAAAAGUGACAUAUGGUUCUGCUAGAGCUCCUGAUGAUCUCGACACAAGAUUGCUUCGUGCCAUGAUCACAAAGGGUCUGAUCGAGCCUAUAUCCUGUGUCUUUGUGAACUUGGUGAACGCAGAUUUCACCGCUAAGCAGAGAGGACUCCGAAUAUCUGAAGAACGAAUCCUUCUAGAUGGCUCACCAGAAAGUCCACUCGAGUUCAUCCAGGUUCAGAUUGCCAAUGUGGAAUCAAGAUUUGCCAGUUCCAUUUCAGAGCUUGGGGAGAUCAAGGUAGAGGGACGGGUGAAAGAUGGGGUACCACAUUUGACAAAGGUUGGAUCUUUUGACGUGGAUGUGAGCUUGGAAGGAAGUAUUAUCCUCUGUAGGCAGGUUGAUCAGCCCGGUAUGAUUGGGAAAGUGGGGAGCAUUCUGGGCGAGGACGGUGUUAAUGUAAGCUUUAUGAGUGUUGGAAGGAUUGCUCCACGAAACCAAGCUGUGAUGGCUAUUGGAGUAGAUGACCCACCCAGCAAGGAGACUUUGAAGAAGAUUGGGGAAAUUCCUGCCAUAGAGGAGUUUGUUUUCCUUAAGUUGUAG